CUCUCCUCGAGCAUUUCUUUCUUAUCUUCCCAUUUCAGACUCGGAGCGCUCUGCCUUUUUAAUAUUUUGUUUAUUUAUUUGUUUAACCAAAUUAUUUCAAUGGAGGGUGUAGCGGCCGAAUCAUCGCCGUCGUGUUACGUGAGCUGGGAGGAGGUGAACGUGUCGAGCAACAAGGGAAGGAAAGAGGUUCAUUAUUAUCUGAAGAAGAGAAAUGGUCAUGGUUCGGAUCUGGUUGUGAUAGGGAAAGAGAGAAGCUUGAGGCGCAUGUCUUAUCAUUACGUUAAUAAGAAUAAAUUGUUAUCGUUGUCUACGACGGCGUCGCUUUUUAAGCUUAAGUCGAGGCGAGAGGUCAUUGAUUGGCUUAACUCAAUUAUUUCAGAUAAAGCCGCUCAAGGACCUUCAUCAUCAGCUGGUGCUUCAUUGGGUAGUAAAGAAGCCUGUGAAUUGGAUACAAAAUUAUUUAAGGGCGUUCAGUUGCAGAAAAUGGGCCAUGAUAGUAAAGAAAUUUUUUGGUUAGGUUCUCCUUGGAUGUUAAGGAGAAGACGGAAGCAUUAUCAGUCUUUUUGCCGGAACGGUGUUAAAAUUUCUGUUCAUGACUUCGUGUAUGUUUUAGCCGAGGAGGGUAAAAGGCUGGUUGCAUACUUGGAAGACAUGUACGAGGACUUGAGAGGCAAUAAGAUGGUUGUAGUACGAUGGUUUCACAACAUUGAUGAGGUUGGUUUAGUUUUGCCUCACAAUUUUAAUGACAGAGAGAUUUUCUAUUCUCUUUGUCUUCAAGAUCUCAGUAUUGAAUGUAUAGAUGGAUUGGCUACUGUCCUCAGUCCCCAGCAUUUGGAGAAGUUCCUGAAUGAGGCGAGACAUACUCAGCUGCAACCAUUUAUGUGCCACAAGCAGUUUGAUAAUGAUGAUGUCCAGCCCUUUGACAUAACUCAAGUUAGGGGUUACUGGAAACAAGAAAUUCUUAGGUAUAUGUCCAUCUUUUCUUCCUCAAGUGACUGUGCAAAUUCUCAACGGCCUUAUGACAGCCAACGAUUUGAAAAAAUGGGCAAUGAUGAAUAUGAGAUCAGGCCUAAGAAGAGGCAUCGUCAGUCAAAAGAUGACGAUCUGUACUCGCAGUGCAUCAAUAGGAAAGAUUCAUUGGAUGCGGCAGAUGCUGGUGAGCAGAUUUUGAUUAAGAGUUCUGCUUGUAAAAGUGUUCCAGAAUUGGCCAAUCUAGAUGCGGUUGGUUCUGCUGCUGGUUUCUCCAGUAAAGAAGUUAAUCAAAAUUGUCAAUACUUGAAAGUAGGUUCUCAUGUUGAAGUCCUCUCUCAGGACAGUGGGAUGCGGGGAUGCUGGCUUAGAGCUUUGGUAAUCAAGAAGCAUAAAGAUAAGGUGAAGGUGCGAUAUCAUGACAUUAAGGAUGCAGAUGAUGAAUCUAACUUACUAGAGGAGUGGGUUUUGGCAUACAGGGUUGCCUUUUCAGAUCAAUUUGGAAUUAGGGUUUCUGGAAGGACAAUUGUACGACCUGCCAUGGACACUGAUAAAGGCAGAGUAUCAUGGGCCGUUGAUGUUGGUACCAUUGUGGAUGUUUGGUGGCAUGACGGCUGGUGGGAAGGCAUUGUAAUUCAGAAAGAAUCUGAAGAUAAAUUCCAUGUCUAUUUCCUAGGGGAAAAGCGAAAAUCAAUAUUUGGCCGUGGCGACUUGAGACAUUCCCAGGAAUGGUUGGGAAAUAGGUGGACACAUGUAAAGGAAAGACCUGAUGCUGUGAACUCCAUACUAUCUUGCUUGGGCAUGAAGCAAGUAUUGGCGAAAACCUGUGAUGGCAAUGCUGUACAAGCUGCUAUUUGUGUUAGCGGACAAUCAUCGAAAGAUGAUACUGAAUGUAGUGAAUCUCUUUCGGACUCUGGAGACGAGAAGUUGAAAAACUUGGAUCUUGUUCCGGAUCUUUCAAAGGAUGGGUUGCUUGCCCGGUUGAAGUGGAAAUCAUCGAGGAAGAGAAGACGCUCUGGUGGAAGCUCUGUUCGUAAGCAGCAUUACAGAGAUCAUGGCGGUAAAAACACCUCAGAAGUCAUUGGAUCUGGUACUUGUGAAAGGUUUUUUAUUCCGAAAACCAUAAAAGUUGAUCAUGAUAACUGCAAAUACUUGAGCGAUUCUUUAUUCAGUCCUUCAGUUGUGCCUUCUCUGACAAGCUUGGUUAUGUCUAGGUGAUUAGAUGAUGUUUUUGCGAUAUAAAAAAGUUUUGUCCAUCCGCCAUGGUAGUCUUAGAUGUUAGUUUUUCUUGCUUUUAGGAAUUAUUAGAGGUAUAUAUGUGUCAUGUGGCGCAUCUGCUGGAUGCAUCUUUCUGUUGGGUACUCAAACACCGUCUUUUUCCUGCUGGAGAUAUUUACGAGAAAACCUGCCAUCCAAUUCCUUCUAGCCUGUGUAUUCGUACUUAACAAGAGCCUCCAUAUAUGAGGCGGCAAUUUUGGAUGCAGUAGAAGGACCUUGUGGAGCUCUAACCUGUUUUUUGAAUAAUUUUGUAUUAGUUGUUUUAUGUAACUUGUAUAUCAUAUCAAUGGUAAUAAAAUCAUACCUAUUGUAGUCUUUGGUUCUUA